AUGAAAAGAAGUUUAACUGACACUUCGACUCGUAGCACAGCAGGUUGUCUGCCAGUGCCUCUAUUCAAUCAGAAGAAAAGAAACAGGCAGCCACUCACUUCAAAUCCACUUAAAAAUGAGCCCUCUACCAGUUCUGGGACUUGGGCCUAUGACUUUUCUCCCACAUCACCGGGCUGGGGAAUUGCAAAUCCAGAAGUGGCUGAACUAGAGAGAGCAGCAAACAGUUGGAACAGAAAUGUGUAUAGUCCUUUAAGCAACAGAACAGAUUCAAUAUCUGAUAGUGGAAUUAUUGGAAAGUUUGAGAACAUUUCAAGUAAUCUGAAAACUGCUCAGCACCAAAAAUACCCUAGUAACCAUAAUUCUUCUCAUCAUAUCAAAACAGAAACUAACCAAACAUACUCAUCUAAAGCACAGUGGCCAGUGAAACCUAGCACAGUAUCAAGAAAUCUCCAGGAUCACAGUCUGGCAUAUAAAUUUAACCACAAUAUGCAGCAAAAUAAAAUGAAUGAGAAACAAUUUGAUUGUGUUCAAGAAGACAAAGUUCAGGAAGUUUCAUCAUCUCAAUUAAAACGUAAAGAAAACCAGAAUUCUUUGCGAAUCAUAUCUGCAGUCAUUGAAAGUAUGAAGCACUGGAGUCAGUAUACUUAUAAAACUGCACUAUUAUUUGAAGUUUUAGGCACACUGGACUCUGCAGUCACACCUGGAGCGUAUGGGGCAAAGAAUUUUCUUUUGAGAGAUGGAAAGGAGAGUCUGCCGUGUGUAUUUUAUGAAAUUGACCGGGAGCUUCCAAGACUGAUCAGAGGUCGAGUGCAUAGGUGCAUGGGGAACUAUGAUGCAAAAAGGAACAUUUUCAAGUGUGUCUCUGUAAGACCAGCAAGUUUACCAGAACAAAACACUUUCCAAGAAUUUGUUAAAGUUGCAGAUGUUGAGAUGACUGCAUAUGUAAAAACAAUGAAUGAAAUAUAA